GGAAGUGGGAAGUGAAUAAAAACAUGACGGCGCUGAAUCAAACCUGAGAAAAAGCUUGUGUUUAAAAGUGAAAAAGUGUGUUUUUUGUGGUGUUUCUUCGUCUCCUGACACGAUGGUUCGGUGUUUUCUGAUCCACACCGUGUGUCCGGUCAGCGCUCUCUCCUCUGCGGAGAGCAGAAUCCUUUACUCCCGGGUGUUCGGUCCGGAUGAGGCGGCGCUGACGGAGCAGCAGCGCGGGCUCAGUGCGGAGCAGAGGCGGCUCCUGCAGCGGGAGAAGGUGGCGGUGGUGGCCCGGCAGGUGAAGAGCGCCGUCUACCUGUGCCGCGAGGCCUCGGGUCGGGCGUUGUUGGAGGCGGUGCCGGGCGAGGAGGCGUUGGCCCUGCAGGACGCCAACAGUGGGGUGGUGCGUCUGAGAGCCGGCGAGCCCUUCUCUGACGAGACGAGCGCCCUGUGGCUCGGCGUCCAGAGUCUGGGCUUCACGCUCGUGUGCGAACCCCACGAGAACCUGCUGCUGGCCGAGGGAACACUCUGCGGCCUGACCCGACACUGUCUGGAGCACCUGCACAUGCUGGGGCAGGGGAGUGAGGUUCUGCUGAGGAGCAACCGCAUUGACGCCCUCCUCAGCCGCCUGCUCCCUCACGGGCAGCUCCUCUUCCUCAACCACCGCUUCGCCCAGAGCCUGGAGAAGGAGGUGACGGCGUACAUGGCCAAGUGACCCAGCGCAGCACGGCGGCCACGUCGAGGUCACGUCUUCACUACAACUCCCGUGUGAGUUUGAGAACUGCUCGCAGCGUCCACACAAACACUUGUUUUACCUUUAAGUGACGUUUUCUGUGGCGGCAGAAGAAACACGGAGAGAUGAUACAGAUUACAGGAGGCGGUAAAUGGACUCCUUUACUGUGGGAGAGGCUGCAGUUCAGAUCCUGUUGCCGAAAAUGUGGCAGCAGAAACAGCCGGUUAAAAACCAACUCAUCACUAUCUCGAUUAAAUUAAUAAUUUGCCAUAUUUUGACUUGGAAACCAAACAGAAAGCAGUCUCUUUCAAGCCACAUACGUCAUAUACUCACUCUGAGGACACGGGAUUAAGACAGGAGGUGGCGUGUAGCGUUAGAGGACCACGUCGAACGAGUGUGUAGAUGUGUUUUAAUAUCUCGUGAACAUCUGUUGCACCCCCGACCACAUCUCCCUGGCAAACCAGACAUGUGCUCCUCCCACAGUUUUCACUAAAAGCCUCCACUUUUCACGUUGGCUGCCAAAUUUGAAGCUAAAGCAGGUUUCUUUGGGAGGAACAUAACAUUCCUGGAUGCCAGCUUCGUAUUCUGUCAUUGUUUUCUCGUGUUGCUUGAGGCAUUUUGUCAAAAAAACAACAAAAAAACUGUUAAAUGUAGUGCACAGGUUUGCAAAAACAAGGCACGAGGGAGGGAUUAAUUACUGAAAAUGAUAAAACACAGGAGCGCGCAUGUAUGUUUCUCAUGGGCUUAAAAUAAGAACACCAGCUGCUCACUGGAUAACUCGUGUUCUUCCUCCGGUAAACCAGCAGAGGGCGAUAUGUGGAGGAAGUCAAACCUGGAUUGAGCUGUGGACAAAAGUAUGUGGACAAACAUGCUUGUUUGUCCUAGUUUUGGGUUUAUUUAUGGUGUAUGAAGCACAAAUUACAUUUGGAAUAUACCAAAAUAAUACACAAAUAAAACACACAGCAUACACUGUUUAUUCAGGCUGCAACAAUUAAUCGAAAUAAAACAAAUUCUCUGAGA